AGAAAACAAAAAAAAAAGAUAAACAGCAGCGGGUUUGAGUGAGCGCUGCUCUAUGUGAAUGAGAAGCGGGAGCGCGCGCGCUGCUUGUCACGGUAACGGCCCAGGUCCCGGCCCCGGUGCACGAUGAGCCUGUGCGGGAAGGAGCUCGCCAACCUGCUGGGCAUCAUGACCGAGGAGGCCUGCGGGAACACCUUCGAGGGCCUGUCCACGGCUUUCCACCACUACUUCUCCAAGGCCGACCACUUCCGGGUGGGCUCGGUGCUGGUCAUGCUCCUCCAGCAGCCCGACCUCCUGCCCAGCUCCCCGCAGCGGCUCACCGCGCUCUACCUGCUCUGGGAGAUGUACCGCACCGAGCCCCUGGCUGCCAACCCCUUCGCCGCCAUCUUUGCCCAUCUGCUGAACCCGCCUGCCGGGGAGGAGGCCGAGAGGCUGUUGUCAGGGUUUCUGCCUCCUAUCACACCCCCAGAAAAGUUCUUUCUCUCCCAGCUAAUGCUGGCUCCACCAAGGGAACUAUUUAAAAAAACACCGAGGCAGAUUGCUGUGAUGGAUGUUUCAAACCUGGGCCAACCAGUGGAUAUUAGUGGCCUUCAAUUGGCUCUUGCAGAACGUCAGUCUGAGCUCCCAACUCAGAGUAAAGCCAGCUUCCCCAGCAUCUUAAGUGAUCCAGACCCAGACUCCUCCAAUUCAGGAUUUGACAGUUCUGUAGCAUCACAAAUCACAGAAACAUUGGUCAGUGGACCAAAACCUCCCAUUGAAAGUCAUUUCCGGCCAGAGUUUAUUCGUCCCCCUCCACCACUUCACAUCUGUGAGGAUGAACUGGCAUGGUUAAACCCAAUAGAGCCAGAUCAUGCAAUCAAAUGGGACAGAUCAAUGUGUGUGAAGAACAGUACUGGAGUGGAGAUAAAGCGCAUCAUGGCAAAGGCAUUUAAAAGCCCCUUGUCCUCUCCGCAACAGACACAGCUUCUUGGAGAACUAGAAAAAGAUCCUAAACUGGUCUAUCACAUUGGCCUCACCCCUGCCAAGCUUCCAGAUCUGGUGGAGAACAACCCUCUGGUGGCAAUAGAAAUGCUGUUAAAGUUAAUGCAGUCAAGUCAAAUCACAGAGUACUUUUCAGUGUUGGUUAACAUGGACAUGUCAUUGCAUUCCAUGGAAGUUGUAAACCGGCUUACUACUGCUGUGGAUCUUCCUCCUGAAUUCAUUCAUCUUUAUAUCUCCAAUUGCAUAUCUACAUGUGAGCAGAUUAAAGACAAGUACAUGCAGAAUCGUUUGGUAAGAUUGGUGUGCGUCUUCCUGCAGUCUCUGAUUAGAAACAAAAUCAUCAAUGUUCAGGAUUUGUUCAUAGAGGUCCAGGCUUUCUGCAUAGAAUUCAGCAGGAUACGCGAAGCUGCUGGCUUGUUCAGACUGUUGAAGACGUUGGAUACAGGAGAAAAUCCAGCAGAGGCAAAACCUGCAAAAUAGGACUUGCACCGACCUUUCAUUUGUCAGUCGAACUGUUUAGAUUGUUGAUAUCUUGUACAUUAUAUGCUUUCCAUGUUGUGUGUUUUUCUUUUUGUUUUAUUUUUUUAAAUUCAUAUACUGCUAGUAAACAUUGCUAGCCCAUAAUACUUCAUAACAUUGUAAAAAACAUUUUCAUCAAACUAGACAUGUGUCUGUUGGCUAUUUAGCAAGCAUAUCUACCGUAAAAAGAAUGGCUUUAUUUUGUGUAAAAUAUUUAAUACCAACAUCAGAGGAUGUGGUUUUCUGUACAGACCGAUGCAUGUUGACUUGCAUAAAUCAAAUUAUGUACAAGUACUUUAUCCUUUUUAAUUGUUACCAGAAAAUUUUGUAAGGUGAGUUUCAGUGAGGUGAAGGCUUUAAGAUACAACCAGAACACACAUUUUAAAUUAAAAUGUUCGUUACUAUUUGCAGUUAUUUUCCUGCUCUUGAGUGGUUUUUCACUUUUGACCUAAAGCAACACUUCUAGAUAUAAAUAUACAACAAUUUCAAAUCCAUUGUUAUAUUAACAAUGAUGGUAGUGUAAACAAAAAGCUUUAAUUAUGUCUAUUUCCUAUAUAGUUAGUCACAGCACAUAAAGGCUCAGAUACCAUAUUCUGAUUGAUUGCGUACAUUUUUAGACCAUUGCCAUAAUUUGUCAACCAUUUGUGAUACUCAAUACAGUAGGUCUGUGUUUUUAUAGAUACAGAUCAUACAUUUUUUUUGCUUGUAUAUAAUGCUUUUAAGCAAUUUAUUUCUUGUAGUAUAUCAAAAUGUACUUCAGAUGUAAGAUGUUUGAAAGUGUAAGUAUACUUACAAGUAUUCAGCCUUGUGUGGUGCUAUGUAAAGUUUCACCUAUAGUUGGUUUCUUAAACAUGUUUGUUUUGAAGCUGUAUAAUAAAUAAGGGAAACAAA